CAGUCCGAAGGUAGCAGUCUGGCAGUAUAUAAAAGUCUGCGGGAUACUCGCGCGCGACGCAGAGGUUACCGGAAGCGCGAGCUCGCGACGGAAGUGCGCGACACCGAGCGAACUCGGUCGCGGCGUCGCUCCGGCGACCAGUCUCGUCAAACGUAAAACCUCGCCGGCGACCAUUGUAUGGUGGACUAUCCUUGUUGUCGGGCGAUUUUCGCUGAUUUGCGAGGUUGAACGCGCGAUUUGAUUACGAGAUGACAGUGCCACCGGACUCCUAUCAGAUUUCGCUGAACAUCAUAGAGGCGAUCAAGCAGCACCCGGUGCUCUACUGCUCCGAGGUGAAGGGCCUACCGGUGAAGCUGCAGGAGUUCAAGCAGAAAGUCUGGAAGCGUAUCGCAGACGAGCUUGGCCUGGACCCCACGUGGGUUAGGCUGAAGUGGAAGAAUCUUAGGGACACGUACUGCCGUAUCUUGAAGUGCAAGAACAAGGCAGAGGAGAGCGCGAGAAGGAAGAAAUGGGUCUUCGAGGAUCACUUGAACUUCAUAAAAUACCCGUACGAGACGGACUAUGAGCCGCAGUGCAUAGAAUUAACAAAGGAGUACGUACAGGAGAUAAACUCGGGUGAGGUGAGCUGCGAGGCUCUGCUGGAACAGUUGGAGGAUCGAAACAAUGAGGACUAUAGCGAGUACCUAGAGGUGCUCGAGGAUACAUCGGCCGACCCAGUUCUACUGGUGCCUAACGCGAUAGAAACGUUGGACAAUGGCGAUACUCAGGACACAGCGAACGAACAGGACGCUACUCAGCAGGCGCUCGACAGCUACGUUCAGCAAAUACAGUCAAAAUAUCGGAAGAUACGCCCGAAACGAUUAAAGACCGAUCAUCCGUUACCCUCGCAAAAGUUCGGCUCCAAUGUGAUAAAGAAGUCUUCCCUUAAGGUCAAUAAUGCAAGUGCACUUGAUAAUAGUACUAGCGUUAAUCCCAUUCUUGUGACGAGUCCGGCACCAAGUGCGUCGUCCACGCCUGUGAAGGGAUCAAGCGUCGCGAAGGACAACGAUGCCGCGUUCGAUCAAGUGUACUUGGCGCCGGAGAGCAAAAGCAUAGAAUUAUUUUUUGACAGCAUGGCGCAGACCGUGAAGAAACUACCGCCCAAAGCGCAGGCGGAUAUCAAGAUGCGUAUCUGCAAGCUCGUCACGGAGGCGGAGGUGCAGUACUCCGGCCAGAACAUGCCGCAGACCACGCAACAAUUUAUAACACCGCCUGGCAUGAUACCCAAGCUAGUACUGAUACCCUGCAAUAUGAUAGAUAAUCAAAAGGCUAAGGAUUGAUUCGUUCGCAAUAAUCGUACGUUGAACAGUGAAUCGCAACAUAAUCAGAUUUAGUACAAAACAAUCACAAUCGCGAUUUACGUUGAUGCAUUUUGAAACAUUUGUUACUAUCGUGUGACGAAAAUUUUGUAUAUGUACAUAUAAUGCUUAAGUAUCACUGACACAAAGAUUUAUCACAGACAAUAAAAGAUCGUAUGCUUUAAAUUA